AAGCUACGAUUAAUAACAAUAAAGCUUACGCGUUUUCUUAUCCCACUAAUGUCAAUGAUAUAGGUGAUGCGAAAAAAAACAGUAAUAAAAAAUCUGCCAAGCCUUUUAAAUCAUCAAAAAAAUCAAAAAAAGCAAAUUCAAAAAAAGGAAAUUCAAAAAAAAAAGGAAAUUCAAAUAAAGCAAAUUCAAAAAAUAAAUCUAACCUUGAGCCUGACCUAGUGAAUGAUACACCUACUACUACAGACUCAGUUGAUAGUGCAGAUUCAUUUACUACAGACUCAGUUGCUGAUGCAGAUUCAAUUCCUACUACUACAGACUCAGUUGCUGAUGCAGAUUCAAUUCCUACUACUACAGACUUAGUUGCUGAUGCAGAUUCAAUUCCUACUACUACAGACUCAGUUGAUUUAGUUGCUAAUCCUACAGAUUUUGUUGCAGAUUUUGUUGCUACUACAAGUUUAUUCACUACUACUAAAGCUACUAACGCUACUAACGCACAGUACCUUUUCCCUGAGAAAACCCCAACAAAAGAGGCUAAUGCAAAAUUUGGUAACCAAGAUGCGUCAACUAAUGUCGAUCAACAUAACGACAAUUUUGCCCCUGGAACUGUUGCUGGCAUCGUAGGAGCUGCUCUGCUUGCCUUUGGAUUGGUCGGAUUGUUUAUCCAUCGUAAAGUGAAUGCAGGCAAAAAAAAGGAUAUAGAAAAAGAUAUAAUGUCCAAUCCGAAUGAUGCUUUUGACAAUAAUAAUAAGCCACCUGGUUCUUCUCAAUUCAUGGAGGCAAACAACGAUGAAAAUAUAAAAGAAACUAGUUAUGACGUAUAUUCAAAUGACGUAUAUUCAAAUGAAAUGAAUAUUCCAAGUAUAGAACCACUUAGUCCACUACAAUUAUCCCCUAACAACGUUGGUUCUCAACUCCUAAAUGAAGACCCUACUUUACCCAUUAUUCCUCCACUCGUAUUUGCAAAUAAUACCAAUAAUCAUCCUCAGAAUCGAAACGCAUCCGAACAAAGUUCUCCACAACCUCCUGUCGUUUCUUCAAGGCAAUCAUUUUAUGGUGAAUCGUUGUAUUCAUCAAUUUAUACCACCAUGACUCCAUCUCUUUCCUCUCAAGAUCCAUCGCAAUCUAAAGGCUCUUUUGUGGAUUUGUCACGUUCAACAGCUUAUCCUGUUCCAUUUGUUGCUGUUUCUACUACUUCUGAUAUAAAUAAUUAUGACAAUAUUAAAGAAACUGACAGAUAUUCAAUCGAUAGUGCUAAUUUAAAUGAUGUAGAUAAUUACAUAUUGGAACCUGAACACAUAAGGCCGGAUUCAUCUCUUCUAACUGACUUGAUGAAUAGUCCUCUCGAUGAAAAAGCCGGUCAUCAAAUCACAAAUAACUCAGCAUAUGAGGAGUCAACAAAUGAUAAAUUUACUUACUUACCUACAAAUUCAAAUGAUAUGGUUUCCGAAAUAUCAUUAUCAAAUCCUGUUGUACCAACUACUUUAAGUUCUAAUAUUAAAGAUCAACCUUUUAGUGAAAAUACCAACAAUAUUCAUCAAGAUUCAGAAAAUAAAAGUAAAUUAAAUAAUGCUUACACAAAUCAGAACAUACAGAUGGAUUAUGUCCAACCCAAUCAAGGAACGAUUCAUAUCGAAACGUUAGAUCUCAAUAUUACUGACAGUACUGUGGCACCAGCUAAAGAAUCAUUGGACAUACAGAUGGACUAUAUCCAACCUAAUCAAGGAACGAUUCAUAUUGAAACGUUAGAUCUCAAUAUUACUGACAGUACUGUGGCACCAGAUAAAGAAUCAUUGGACAUUCAGUCAGAUAUAUCGAACGUAACAAAUAAUGUUUCUAUCGGUUCCGCGUUAUCAAAUAUAGAAGAUGACUUUAAUGACGUUUCAUCGCCAGAAACACCUGUCGAAAAACCAAAAAGAGCUUCUAUACAAAUAAUGAAAACCGAAAUUGUACCUGUUCAGUCUAAUAUGCAAAUUGAGAAAAUCCAAGAUAUUGUUCAAAAAAAUUCAGAAAACACGAAUGAUCCUUCAUCUGACACUGAUUCUCCUUCGCAAACAUCCGAAGCAGAUGACCCUCUAAUGAUGACUCCAGCCACAACUGUUUUUGUCAAACCUAUCCAAUCGAAAAUGAAAGUUGAAACCGUGAAUAAUGAAUCUCAAUUAACAUUAAAUAAACCUUUCAUAUCGACUCCGUCUGCUUAUAUUGCCGAACGUGCAUCUGCAUUUACACAAUCUACUCCGACAACUACAUAUAAAAAGUCAUCCAGUAAUGAAACUACAGGGAAACCUAAAAAGGGCGUAUUAAAGAAUAAAGGUGGUUCGUCUGCGCAGGUUGAUGACGGUCUGAACAAAGUAGAAUCAGAUAAUGGGGCAAAAGAGAUGAAACCACUUGUCCAAAAGAAGCCUGCUCAUAGGGAUUCAGAUCAAGAACCUAAAUCGAUCUUAAAAAACAAAAAAGCUCAGGAUAUUAAAAUAGCUAAUGAUCUUAUGCCACCGCUUAAUACUGUGGAAAAAUCAGAGACUCAAUAUCGAAGUCCAACUUUCAGCAUGUAUAAAAUGUAUGAUGAUUUACCUGGAGGUCGAAACAGCACAAUGCAACCCAAUGUGCCCGAACUGCCAUCAAGUAGACCGGACAACACUAAUUCAAAUGAAAAUGAUAAUUACGAGUCCUGUACCCAAUUCUUAUUAGAACAAGCAAAAGAGAUAGGAUUGAAAUCUAAUGUUUUUGAGUAUGUAAAAGGAAAACCAAUAGUAUUGUUGACAUGGGAAGGUCGUUAUCCGAACCUACCUUCGAUACUUUUAAAUUCCCAUACAGACGUUGUUCCCGUUUUUGAGGAAAAAUGGAGUUGUAAACCAUUUGAAGCGUGUAAGCUUGAUAAUGGAGACAUUGUAGCUAGAGGUGCUCAAGAUAUGAAAUGUGUUGGUGCAAGCUAUCUUGAAGCUAUUAGAUAUCUCAAGGAUCAGGAUCAACAACCAUGUCGAACAAUUCACCUUUCAUAUGUUCCUGAUGAAGAAAUUGGGGGAGAGGAUGGAAUGGGAUGUUUUAUUAAAUCAAAUGAUUUUAAAAAAUUAAAUGUUGGAUUUGCUUUAGACGAAGGAAUUGCAAAUCCAAAUGAUGCAUUGAGAGAACAACAAAUGGCGAUUGGUAUAAAUACAGAUGGAACAAAAUAUCAAAUUGGAGAUGUGACUACUGUUAAUCUUACAAUGUUAAAAGCUGGUGUUCAACAUAAUGUUGUUCCAGAGGAAGCUACAGCCGGUUUUGAUAUUAGGAUCACUCCAAAAGUUAAUCUCGAAUCAUUUAAAAAUAUGAUGGAAGAAUUUGUAAAUUCUGAGCCCGAUAAUAUUCCUAUUCAACCAGAAAUUUUUCCGGCUGCUACCGACUCGCGUUAUCUACGUGGCAUCGGAAUUCCGGCAUUAGGUGUUUCCUACAUCAGAAAUACUCCAAUUUUGCUACACGAUCAUGACGAACGUAUAAAUGAGAACUUGUUUCUUGAAGGUAUCGAAUUCUAUAAAGAUUUAAUUAACCACUUGGCAAAUAUCCAGGAGUCUUAA